AUGGGAAGAAAGAAGAAUAAACAGAAGAAAAUAAAAUCCAGCUCCAGUUCUACUAAAGCCCUCUCCAAGCAUUCGGAAGAACUUAAUAAGUCCACAAUAAAGCCUGUUGAGCCUAGUAAAACCACUAAAAUCCAAGAAAAAACUUCAGAAGAUUUGAAAAAAUGGAUCGAAGAAUUAAGCCAGUCACUAGAAGUGAUUAAAGCUCUGCAGGAUAUAGCCUCUUCUUCAGGAGAAUCAGUUAUUGUAAAAAGACACAAAGUAAAAUGGUGGGGAUCCUUCAAGAACUCUACAACAGAAUUGGUUGUAAAGCAGAGGAUACUUAAAAAAGCCCAGUUCCCUGCAAUAUCUUAUGCUAGUAAAUUGGCCCUGCAAGGAGAGUCUUCAUUUGGGGCUCAGAAGGCCCAAUGCCAAGCUAUGCUCUCAUCAGCUAAAACUUCUGAAGAAUAUAAAAUGAUAUGUCAACAGAUGUUCAGCCAAUUGGGCUCAGGAGAAACAAUAAAGUCUGAAGAAAUAAAACAGGAAAGAAAGUCCAGUAGUAAAGAAUCUUCAAAGCAUUCUUCCAGUAAAAAAGCUCUAAAGAAAAAGUCAAGCAAAAGAAAGCCUAAAAAACAGUCAAGUUCGGAAUCGGAGUCGACAGCGUCAAGUACGUCAUCCUCCAGUAAAACUUCGGCAUCUUCUUAUUGUGAUAGCAAUGAAGAUGACUGUUAUGGAAUAUUACCAGCAAUAAGAAUUAAAAGCAAGACAGACAAAGUAAAAGAAAAGGGAAAGAAAAAGUAA